AUGCCUACGCAGAAUGGAGUUGGUACAGGAAGUGCAAAGAGGUGGCAGACGGGGUUUAGGGUGGACUUGAAGUAUAUCAGCUGGAAAGAUGUCAAGACGUUCAUUGCACUGAUCAAGAGCAAGCUCAAGGGCAACGAGCCCAUGGAUGACCACACAAUGCUCAUGGAGCGCGUCAUCCAGCUCGUGGCCGGUCUUCCAACCAAGUCUCGCAACCGGGUCCUGCUGACGGACCAGUUCAUUGACGAGCUAUGGGACAGCCUGGAUCAUCCUGUCCUCAGUUACAUCGGAGAGAAGUAUAUGUAUCGAAGAGCCGAUGGAUCCAAUAACAAUCCACUAUUUCCACAAAUGGGUGCAGCAGGGACCACAUAUGCGCGUUCUGUUCGGCCGACUAUUAUGCCUCCUGGUGCGCUGCCCGACCCGGCGCUCAUCUUUGACACAGUGAUGAAGCGAUCGAGUGAGGGCUAUAGGAAGCAUCCGAACAACGUUUCCAGCAUUUUGUGGUACUGGGCGACCAUAAUCAUCCAUGAUCUGUUCUGGACAGACCCCAAAGACAUGACCAAGACGAAUACGUCUUCGUACUUGGAUCUCUCGCCGCUGUACGGCAGCAACCAGGAUAUGCAGAACACGAUUCGCACCUUUCAGGAUGGUAAACUUAAGCCCGACUCGUAUGCGGACAAGCGUCUCGGCGGAAUGCCACCUGGUGUAUCCGUGCUGCUGGUCAUGUUCAAUCGAUUCCACAAUCACGUAGCUGAGCAUCUGGCGGCCAUCAAUGAAGGUGGCCGGUUCACGCCGCCUCCUGGGCAGCGCCCUGGUCUGUUCAGCCCCUUUCCCAUUGGAGGACCCGACAACGAAAAGCAGCGCGAGAGUGACGAGGCAUGGAAGAAGUACGAUGAGGACCUCUUCCAGACGGCUCGACUCGUGACCUCGGGUCUAUACAUUAACAUCACACUGGUCGACUAUGUUCGCAAUAUUGUCAAUCUGAACCGCUGCGAUACGACGUGGACUCUGGAUCCUCGUCAGGAGAUGGGCCGUGACGCUGGCACAGCUGCUGGAGCGGCCUCUGGCACCGGCAACGUGGUGUCAGCUGAGUUCAAUCUUUGUUACCGGUGGCACAGCUGCAUCUCGGAGAAGGACGAUAAAUGGAUCCAGGAGCUAUUUGCCAACCUCAUUGGAAAGUCUUCUACCGAGGUCACACUCCAAGAUAUGAUCAUGGGCUUCGCCAACUUCGACAGGAAAACCCCCGACGACCCUGCUCAGAGAACCUUUGGUGAUUUUCAGCGUGAUCCGAAGACGGGCAAGUACAGCGAUGAUGACCUGGUUGAGUGCAUCACAUCAUCGAUUGAGGACUGUGCCGGUGCCUUUGGUGCACGCAACGUACCUCUCUCCAUGAGACCUGUUGAGAUUCUGGGCAUUCUGCAAGGCCGAAAAUGGCAUGUGGCUGGCCUGAAUGAAUUCCGAAGGCACUUUGGCCUCAAGCCGUACGACACCUUUGAGGAGCUCAACUCCGAUCCUGAGGUGGCAAGCUGUCUGAGGCAUCUGUACGAGCAUCCCGACUUUGUGGAGCUCUACCCAGGCCUUGUGGCCGAAGAGGCAAAGGAACCAAUGGUUCCGGGCGUGGGCAUUGCGCCGACCUACACCAUCUCGCGCGUGGUACUGAGCGAUGCUGUCUGCCUCGUGCGCGGCGACAGAUACUACACAACCGACUACAGUGCCCGCGCCCUGACAAACUGGGGCUACAACGAGGUGCAGUACGAUCUGAGUGUGAACCACGGCUGCUGCUUUUCCAAACUCUUCCUCCGCGCAUUCCCCAAUCACUUCAAGACCAACUCUGUCUACGCGCAUUACCCCAUGGUCAUUCCACCGGAGAACCACCGCAUCUUGACCUCCCUCAACCGCGCCGAGCUGUUUACCUGGGAGCGUCCUGCCUUUUCACCUCCACCCGUAGUAGGUGCCAGACACACAGAAGCUCAAUAUAGAGACAUGUGGUGCGAGACAACCAAUGCUCUCACGGGCAACUCAGGUGCUACGCUGUCGCCUAACGAGGCAUAUGUAUCUGGAGAAGGUUGGGAAGAUGCGGUCACGACUUCUUAUGCGCAAUUGAUGGAUGAGCUACUGCGUGAGAAGAGUUAUGAGCUGGUAACUACCCACUUUGUCGAUAUAAUCAGAGAUGUGGGCAAUUUGGCUGGCGUUCACUUCGUCUCCCGUCUGUUCAGCUUGCCUGUCAAGACCUCCUCUAACCCUAAGGGCAUCUACACCGCAGACGAGCUACAUGCUGUGCUGACGCUCAUCUACUUGACCACAUACCUUGACAGCGAUGCAGUGAAGGCCUUCCCACUUCGACAGGCCGCCAAGACGGUGGCUGUUCAGCUCGGCGAGCUGACUGAGACAGCCGUCAGCAACAUAACUGGUUGGUUUGGUACUGGAAAGACGCAUGACUCUUGGGCUGCUUAUGGCACAGACUUCAUCAAGAAUCUCUCCAAGAGUGGUCUAAGUUCUUCUGAUAUUGCGUGGAGCCAGAUCCUGCCAGCUUCCGCCACGACCGUAUCCGCACAAGGUGCAAUGUUCGCCCAAGCCGUCGACUUUUAUCUUUUUCCAGAGAAUAAGUCUCAUCUCCUUCAGAUCCAACAGCUGGCACGCGAAGAUCCUUCAGAUGAGACAGACGCGCGGCUUCUGGGUUAUGCCUUGGAAGCAGUUCGCCUGUCUGCAACCCCGGGAGGAGGUAAAGGACGCGACUCUGGAGAUGCAGGCAGCCAUGUGCUUGUCGAAGUGGUAGCUGGGAAAAUCAACCCCGACCGUCCCAUUGAGAGCUAUAUACUCCCUGGACCCGAGAAUGACACUUGUCUGGGAAAGGCGGUCAUAUACCUCGCACUGACAGAGAUGUUCCGCGCCGUGUUCCGGCUGGACAACCUCCGACGUGCACCGGGGCCGCAGGGCGAGCUUAAGAAGAUCAGCACGAGCAGCGAGCCAUUUGGCAUGUACCUGACGGAGGACUGGUGCAGUGUUUCUCCGUUGCCUUGGUCGAUGAAGGUGUGUUGGGGCUGA